UAGAGAGCUAUCGCUCCUGAUCGCUCCAUUCGUGACAUCGUGAGUCAUUCCAUUUAAAAUUGUUCAAUAAUUAAUUUUACUUCAUCACCCAUGGUAAUAAAUUAAUAAUUCUAAUAAAUGUGUACCAAGUGUUGUGGUUUUUAAAAUUUUCGGGUUUUUUUCGAGUCAGAAGUUGAGAAUCAUCGUUACGUUCCGAAUGUGAUGAAAUAAUAAUUUAAAAUUUAUCAAUAAAUCUCAAAAUUUGAUUCUGUUUCUAAUACGUAUAGAUAUUUUGUAAUAGUGCAGCUAUUCGUUCUUAGUGUCUAUAGUAUAGUUUUAACCAAGAAAUAUAAUCGCUUGCGUGGAAAUUAGUCCAAGUAUUACUCUUGCUUCUACAGAAUUCCAAUUAUGAUUAAAAAGUGUGUUUGGUUCUCUUGAUUGCGUAGAUGUACGUUCAUUAAAUGGCUAACGAAAACAGAGAUUGGCCUCGGAAUAGAGAUACUAGAAUCACUCUGUUUUCUGGAAGAUCUAGAUCCGUUGGUAGUUUUCGUUCAGCUCAGAUGGAAUCGGGUGGCAACAGAUUGAGAGAACCCAGAUUAAGCAUCGGAGCUGGUAUCAGAGAUCUCGAAAGAAGAACUGCAGAGGUUCCAAAUAUUUUGAGAAAUAAUAUAAAUAAUGUAAUAGAAGAACUACGACCGAUUGUAGAAAGAGCAAGAACUAACACUGAUACGAUCAUGUCCGCGAAUAACAACGCUAAUGUAACGCUGGCUUCAUUAUUAGGCACCCAACACCAACCUGCUGUUACAGCGCCUAGAGAUGUGGGUCCUGGAGGACUAGUAGUUUCUACAGCCGAAGAGGUCGUAAUCGAUAUGGAUGGUAGUAAUACAUCUGUGUCAGUCAUAGCACAAAAUGGUACAACGCAAAAUAAUACCACUCCAUCUCCAACUCAAAGUGCGGACACAGUAAACACAAAUAAUAAUAGCCCCAACAGUAAUAAUGGAAGUGGAGAUGAACAGGACAUUGCUGAAACUCAAGUGCUCAAUGUAUCAAAUAGUGCAGUGUUGAACACCAUUUGUAAAUAUUUACCAUUUGUGAUUCUUGUUUUCACCAAAUUUAUGUUUGACCACUUAAUGGGUAUAUUGCUGUUUGUUGGGCUGACAUGCACUUUUCUUUAUUAUAAUACGUUGGUGAAAAAAGAAGUUGCAAGACAAACUUCUCGAAGUUUUCCCAUGUUCUGUUUUUUAAUUUGUCACAUCAUUGUUGCGAUAGGUGGAUUAUUUUUUUUAAUUUAUAAUGAAGAUGUGUUACACUUGUGCUUAGGUAUAAUGCCUCAAACUGGAUUUCUCACUUUAAGUGAAUUAUUAUGGUCCGUGAUAGUUACCGAUUACGUUCUGAAAAUGAUUACAAUUAUUAUCAAAAUAGUUUUUACUUUGUUACCACAACGAUUGAUUCCUACUAGUAAACGGGGCAAGUGGUACCUUUUUAUAGAAGCGACCUCGCAAUUAUAUCGCAACACGUUUCCAAUCCAACCAUGGCUUCAUUAUCUUCUGGAUUCAUAUUCCGGUCCUCAAAAAGUAAUAGGGGUAUUUUUGUCAGCUGCCUAUAUGGUCUCUAAAGGAAACUUACUGAUGAAUGCUAUUAAGCUAUGGUGGAUGUCACUGUUGAAAGUUCUUAGGAAUGUGACGAUCGGAGUUACACCUACCAAAGAACAGAUAGCAUCAGCUGGCAACCUUUGUUCCAUUUGUCACGACGAGUUCAAAACUCCGGUAUUAUUAGAAUGUCAGCAUAUAUUUUGCGAAGUUUGUGUUUGUAAAUGGCUAGAUCGAGAGCAGACGUGUCCUUUAUGCCGAGCAAAAAUCGCCGACGAUCCAUCUUGGCGAGAUGGAUCAACUACCUAUUUUAUUCAACUUUUCUAGAAGAAAGCUUUCAAGAAUUAAAUUAUAUUCCUAUAUUGUUUUUACAAUUAAAGCGAAUGAAACGAUCACGUUUCAGCGUCAUAAAGAGGUAGUGUCGUCAAUAGACAUUCCAGUUAUGUGAUACCUAAUAAUCAACGCGAGUCGCGAAGCGAUUAAAAUGAAUGUUUGAAAUAACUUCUUAAUUAUUUGAAUGUUAAACAUAUGGCAAUAACCUAGUCUAAAUAUUAAUAAAAUCUGAGUGAAAAAUUUGAGAUUUUACGUAAGUAAUAGUGCGUGAUAAAGAAAAAAACUAUGAUUUUAUUCAGAAUUUAAUGUAACUACUUGCCGUUGGAAAUGAAGGAAAGUUAUUUUAUAACGAAAUAUUAUGUCUUUGUGGAUUUUUUUAUUUUCAAUAUUUUAUCACUUUCACUUGUCUUUUUUUAAUUGGUGUAGUUAUUUGAAGAAAAUGUAAUGAUUAUAACAAAAGUAACCGAAUCGUUGUGAAGUACGUUUUAUUUGUGUCCUUUUUAUUUUUCAAUAUAUGUACUUUAUUGGUAAAAGCUGUUAUUAAAUAUAUUAUUUCUCGGGCAGUA